AUGGCGGGGACGCAGCUCGCCGUGGCGGUGCUCCUCUUGGCCUGCAGCCUGCAGGCGCCGACGGCGACGGCGUGGGUGAGCGCGCACAACAUCACGGCCUUCCUCAACGGGCACCCGGAGUACAAGCUGUACAACAAGUACCUGACCGAGACGCGGGUGUGCGACGAGAUCAACACGCGCGCGGCCGUGACCUGCCUCGUGCUCACCGACGCCGCCAUGGCCACGCUCGUCUCCGACGCCGGCGACGAGCUGGGCGCCAUCAAGAACGCGCUGCGCCUCCACUCGCUGCUCGACUACUGGGACAUGAAGAAGCUGCGCGCGCUCCCGGACGGCGACACGCUCACCGACACCUUCUACCAGGCGGCCGGCAACGCGGCCAGCAGCCACGUCGGCGGGGUCAAGAUGGCCAAGCUGGAGGGCGGCGGGUUCGGGUUCAAGGCCGCCGCCAGCACGGGCGACACCUACGACGCCACCGUUACCAAAGCGCUCAAGCAGACGCAGUACGACUUCGCGGUGCUCGAGAUCUCGGCCCCCAUCGAGUUCGACGGCCUCUUCGACGUGCCCAACAUCUCCAACGUCACAAAGCUGCUCGAGAAGGCCGGCUGCAAGCGGUUCGCGGCGCUCGUCGCCGGCACCACCGGCGUGCUGGCCGCGUACCAGGCAGCCAUGGAGAAAGGCAUCACCCUGUUCGCGCCCAGCGACGACGCGUUCAUGGCGAAGGGCGCGCCGAACGUCGACAAGAUGGCCCACGCCGACCUCGUCGCGCUGCUGCUGUACCACGCGGUGCCGUCCUACAUCCCCAGGGCGUCGCUCAAGCUGCUCAAGUCGGCGGCCCGCCCGCUCCGCACGCUCGCCUCCACGGCGUCGGGGCAGUACAACGUGUCCGUGGUGGCGCGCGGCGACGACGUGUCGCUCGACACCGGCGUCCGCAAGUGCCGCGUGGCCGACACCGUCCUGGACGACACGCCGGUGUGCAUGUACACCGUGGACAAACUCAUGCUGCCCGUCGAGCUCUUCGCCGACGCGCCGGCUGCGGCACCAGAGCCCGCGGAGGCGCCGUCGCCCGUCGAGGCGCUGUCGACUUCUCCUCCCGCGCCGCCACCGGCUGACGUGCCGUCGGAGGAGGAAGAGCCCGCAGACCGCAAGCACAAGAACCUGAAGGCAUCGUCCGCCACCGCCGCCGCAUUCCGGUCGGUCGGCGCGUUCGCCGCGGCCGUGUGUUCCUUCUUUCUCCUACUCUGA